AUGUCUGGCACAACUCUCUACCACAUCGACCACCCCAGCCUCAUCCCACGACAAGUCAACAUGAGACUCAUCUUCGUCCUCUCUCUUCUGGCUGCCAAUGUGCUUGCCAUCGAAAGCCAGACUGCCAAUCUCCCAGAUCCUGCUCUGUUGGUGAAACGUCAAGAUGGUAGUAAUUCUAGCUUCACGUCCAUCGCUGCAGCUACUUCCACUACUGCUGCUGCCACAACCUCCAUUCCACCUACGUCUGUUGCUCCAACUACGACCUCUGAGCCAACUUCAUUGCUUAGCAGUGCAACUUCCACAUCGCUUCCACCUGUUGUAGUGACCACUUCGACCUCAUCUGAGCCGCCUACUAGCACCUCACCUGGCUCAAGCUCAGCCUCAGGAACUACCACUCUCCCUCCGACAACAACGUCAACGUCAGCUUCAGCGCCUGUUUCGUCUUCUGCAUCAUCAACAUCAACAGCCUCAUCCACAUCCGGCACAUCCGCUUCCUCGACAACAUUCGCAUCGACAACAAGCGCCCGCGCAUCUACAACUUCCUUCCUGACAUCCACCUAUCAAUCAACUACCACUCUCCCUAACGGUAGCCUCAGCACUGUGACCGCCGUCACAGUCGUCGUCGCCACAGGCGCAGCUGAGACAACCGGCAGCUCCGCAGCUAGCGCAUCAUCAACCGCUCACCUGCAGACCGGGGGUGCCGCUUCCCCUUCUCGCGGACUAGCCAUGGGAAUGUGUGCUAUGCUUGCUGGUGCGGCUGCUUUUGCCAUCUCUUUCUAG